UGCUCCUCGUUCGGGGGCGAGCUCGCCACGCCCAUGAACGCCGACGAGCAGGAAACGCUGUUCAGGCUAUCUUCCGUGAACGCAGACAUCUGCGCCGCCGACGGAGGCGCGCUCAUGUGGCUGGGGAUCCAGGACGAGAACGAGGAGAAGAUCUGGCGCUACUACAACUCCCACGAGGAGGUGCAGUUCCUGCUGUGGGCGCAAGGGCAGCCCAGCGGCGGGGAGCUCGAGAACUGCGCGGUGAUGAAGGGCGGCACCUUCAGCGGCACGUGGGCGGACAACGGCUGCCACAAGUCCUUCAAGUUCUGCCCCGUGUGCCGCGUGCGCAUCCCCGUGUUCCUGCGGCUGCGCGGCAUCUGCGACAGCAACCUGUACGACGACCGCUUCAUCCUGGCCGGCCUGCGGAACCAGAAGCCCUACUUCCGCGGCUACUACCGCUCCCACGUGUUCCACGACGGCCUCGGCUGGAGGCUCGAGAACAUCCUGGAGAACAACACGUUCGCCGUCAUGGAGGAGUCGGGCUCCGUCGACUACCCCAUCGGCAGGAACAACUGGAGGUUCUCCCACGGGUUCUGCGGCCGGAAGUCCGGGGAGCUGAUCUCGAUGGCGCUCACGCAGUGCCAGAAUAACGUGAAAUUCACCUGCAACGACGGCAACUGCAUCGACAUCGACCAAGUGUGCGACCGACGGCCUCAGUGCAACGAUAACUCAGACGAACUUGACUGCAGCAUUGUGCUGAAACCAGAAGGAUACCAGCCGGAGCUGCCGCCGCCCUCCCUCAACAACAGCGGACCGCUGCCGGUGUUCCUCAACCUCACCCUGGAGUCCUUCAAGUCUGUCGAGCCCAUUCGCAACCACUUCACGGUGGACGUCGUCGUCAAGAUGAUCUGGAAGGACAUCCGCCUGCACUUCAAGAACCUCAGGGAAGACAGGCAGCUGAACAUCGUCCUACCUGAAGACGCGAAGGAAAUCUGGGUUCCUGUGGUGGACUUCCUCAACGCAGAAGGCAACCAGAACUCAGAGGUUGAUCUUCACUCCAAAGUCACCAUAAAACGACUUGGGGGGAAAGUGGAAGACAACGUCGAAUUAUCCAAAGAAGCCUCCAUCUACAACGGGUACGAGAAUUACCUCCGCAUCUCGAGGAAGUACACCAUCACCUUUUCCUGCAACUUCAACUUCUUCUACUACCCGUUCAAUACAAAUUACUGCAGCAUGAUCUUCCAAGUGAAGCGCAACACGGACGCGUACGUAGCGCUGCUCAAGUACGGGGACGGCAUCAAUUACGACCACAACGACAGACUGUCCGAGUACGACAUCGGGCGCAUCUUGGUGAAGAAGCUGUCGACGCGCGAGCCGUACUCGGGCCUGGAGGUCGUGAUCCAGAUGAAGCACCUGUACGCGUCCCAGAUCCUCACCAUCUUCAUCCCGUCGACGAUCAUCAACCUGAUCACGUACACGACCUUCUUCUUCAAGUGGUACGACUUCACCAACCGCGUCAUGGUGUCCCUGACGUCGCUGCUCGUGCUGAUGACCCUCUUCUCGCAGGUGGCGGACACGCUGCCCAAGACGUCCUACUUCAAGCUCGUCGACAUCUGGUUCUUCGUCUCGAUCCUCUACACCUUCAUCAUCAUCCUCGUCCACACCAUCGUCGAGUCCUUCCACAAGUACGACAUGGAGAUCAAGGAGGAGGAGGAACGUCGAAGGGAAGUGGAGAAGAAGAUGCUGGGCGUGGCGCCGCCUCGCUCGGCCUUCUCCGAGAUCGCGAGCACAGCGAGCUACUUCUCGGACGACUCGGACUUCAGCGACAGCGACUACGACACCGAGAGCGACGACGACCCGAGCGGGACGACUCUCUCCCACAACUACGUCCCCGUCCUGAUCGACAAGUGGGGGAACCUCAUCACGACGGCCAUCUACAUCGUCCUGAACGUCAUCUUCUGGGCCAUGGCCUUCACGGAGAAGAUUCAGGAGAACAUCAAAGAUUACGAGUAUGAAAUGAUGCUGCAGAAGCAACCCGUCCAGGAGGUGCGAGGCUAUCCUUAAAAAUGAAGUUUCACUAUGAUUUUAAAAUUUGCCGAAGUAGAAUGCUCUACAGGAUUCCAUCGCAUCUUCAUCGAAACAGUUCAAAUACAAAAUUCUAUGAAGAAAUACGUCUUAAAGACAUUUUUCUUUUUUUGCUUUUAUAUGCACUAUAGGAGGAUGUUUAGUAGCACUCUGUCUAUUUGCCGACAUCAACUAUCUUCGCAUCAAAACAAAAUGCUCUAAUUGGUUUCACCGCCUUACACUGUCGACCAUACAAAGCCAAUAUAGCUAAAUUAUGAGAGAAAUUCAAUGUGACUCACUGAGAAUUACAUAAUCUUAAACCAGACGAUUGGAUAUAAAUCUGAAGAUGCUAACAUCAAAUGCAUUUCGUUCAGAUUACAAUAUUUUCUUAGGGUACAUAUGCUUGAGGGAAAGAGGCUCAAUAAUAGAAUGGUAGAAGGGUCAGGGAAGGUAAAACUUGUCUUGCCGCGGGCGCCGCCGUCCCACGCUCCGCCGCCUGCACACACACACAUACAUUGUGUGCCUGUGUCUCGACAUACAGAAGCAUAUUUAUUAUGAAAACGGACGAGGUUCGGCAUAUCGGAGACGAAACAUUGAACUAUAAAAGUAUAUCACGAAAAUAUUAUCUACAACACUGUUUCUUUAAAGCAAUUCCCUCCAGCUUUAAUAUGGCAUCUAUUGUCGAGGCGCAGCUGACAAAAUAGUAAAUGAAAAGUGUUCCUGAAGAAAAGUUCACAGACGGCUCCAGGCCAUCAGGGAGAAACCGGAUAACAAUGCUACGGUUGGAGAGGAUCAUUUUAAAGGGACAGUGUACUGCUUAGGCUACAAUCUGACAUAUUUUCUAUUUACGAACUUUUUUUUCUCUUUUUUUUUUGUUUCGUCUUUUGUCUUACUGUCGGAGGCCCUAUUUGUGUAUGUGUAAUUUUGCAUGAAAUUAAGGUAUACCCAUAUGCACCAUGUAUUGCUGCGGAAUUACAGAGAGGAGUUAUUAUGCGAGAUACAAACAAACUUUAAAAUCUAUGCUUGACUUCUUGUUAAUACUGCAACGUGAUUAAUAUUACUACUGGGAAAUAUAUGUAUCAAGUACAUACACAUUUUAGAUUUAGAUUAAAGAAAAUAUCAACAUAAUGCUGCAGUGCUCACUCUCGUCAGACAAUUACAAGAUGCUAGUCGUAUAGUAUACCACAAUAGACAAGUAAAUAUUAUCUGUGUACACUUAUGUCUGAUUAGAGAAAACACAUUAUGUCGUCUGUGUAAAUGAAUUCACCCUCAACACGUAUGUUAACUUUGCAUCAUUGCUUGGUAAACCCCGUUUCAAGUUUUUGCCUAACAAUGUCCAUUGUGUGCGUGUGUACAUAUACACACACG